GAAGACUGGAAAGAGGUUUCCAUCGGGAGUUAGACGUCACACAGCUUCCAGAAGGUGCUGCUAGAUCCCAACAUGGCAAAGAACACAUCUAAUUACAAGUUGAGUGCAGCUAUUGCCAACCUCAAGUACAACGAUCUCAUUCCUUAUCCAAAUGCUAACGAUAAAGUCACACACGAGUUUCUUCAAAAAAUCGUGGAUGUCCUUUUGGACUACGUAAAGCAACAAAAUGACAGAAAGGAGAAGAUUCUUGACUUCCACCAUCCAGAGGAAAUGAUAAAGCUUUUAGAUCUUAAAAUUCCGGAAGAAGGAGUAUCCCUGGGACAACUCGUUAACGAUUGCGCCACAACUUUGAAGUAUCAAGUUAAAACUGGACAUCCUCACUUCUUCAACCAGUUGUCCACCGGACUGGACCUAAUCUCUAUGGCUGGGGAAUGGCUUACUGCUACUGCCAAUACCAAUAUGUUCACCUACGAAAUUGCUCCAGUUUUCAUCUUGAUGGAAAAUGUAGUCAUGACUCACAUGAGAGAAGUAAUCGGAAAAAGUUGGCGGAAAGGAGAUUCUAUUUUGGCCCCAGGUGGUUCAAUAUCCAACCUCUAUGCUUUCUUGGCAGCAAGACAUAAAAUGUUCCCCAACUACAAAGAAAAAGGAAUUGCUACUAUCCAAGGUCAGCUAGUUAUGUUUACGUCAGACCAGAGUCAUUAUUCAGUCAAAUCCUGCGCGUCAGUUUGCGGCCUGGGAACCGAUAAUUGCGUGAUGGUUCCUUCAGAUGAACACGGCCGCAUGAUUCCUCAAGAGCUUGAAAGGCUUGUUGUAGAGAGGAAAAAUAAAGGUCAUAUUCCCUUCUUCGUAGCUUGCACUGCUGGUACGACCGUCUUGGGUGCUUUUGAUCCUAUCAAUGAGCUUGCUGAUAUCUGCAAUAAAUACGGAAUGUGGCUCCAUGUUGAUGCAGCUUGGGGUGGAGGUCUCCUUCUCUCCAGGAAAUAUAGGCAUCCGCGUUUAAGUGGCAUUGAGAGAGCCGAUUCAGUCACCUGGAACCCACAUAAACUAAUGGGAGCAUUGCUACAGUGUUCUACCAUACAUUUCAAAGAAGAUGGUUUGUUGAUGAGCUGUAACCAAAUGGCAGCAGAUUAUCUGUUUAUGCAGGACAAACUGUAUGAUAUCAGAUACGAUACUGGUGACAAAGUUAUUCAAUGUGGACGUCAUAAUGAUAUUUUCAAACUUUGGCUACAAUGGAGGGCUAAGGGAGACGAAGGAUUUGAAAAACUUAUAGAUAGGCUUAUGGAACUUACAGAAUAUAUGGUCAAGCGCAUCAGAGAACAACCAGACAAAUUUUAUUUGAUCAUGGAACCUGAACUGGUAAAUGUUUGCUUCUGGUACAUUCCAAAACGACUUAGAAAUGAACCUCAUGGUCCAGCAAGAGAAAAGAAACUUGGAGAGAUGUGCCCAAAACUGAAAGCGAAAAUGAUGGAAGAAGGAACGUUAAUGACAGGUUACCAGCCUGAUGAUAGAAGACCAAACUUCUACAGAAAUAUUAUUUCUUCCGCAGCAGUAACGGAAAGUGAUAUUGACUUCCUUUUGGCUGAGAUGGAUAGACUAGGACAAGAUAUGUAAAUGGCAUCAAUCAAAACUAAAUGUAUUAAUACUUGUUACUUUGUUAUUGGUGAAGAUGGUCUAAAUCUGAACGUAUUUAUAUAUCUUUCAUUUAAUUGUAUUGCAGAGGCCGUGAAGUAAAAAGAAUUUUUGUAAAAUAUAGUCAGUUCUUCAGUAAAGAUGAGCAAAAUACCAAAAUACUAUCAUAAGAUCACCACGUUCAAUUCCAAAAGAUAGGAUAGAUAGAUAUAUUUACUGGACAUGUAAUUUGAGCCAAAAGAUAAUAUGAAUGUUGAAAGUUUAUAAAUGUUUCAGAUUUAGAAAAACGCUAGCCAAAUGUUGAGAACUAAAUUUUUCCCUAAUUCCUGUAGUUGUUUUUUAAUCAUUUGUAUACAAAAAAAUCAAUUACAAUCUAGCAAUAAAGUAAAAUUACUAGGAGAAGUAUAUAUAAUAAAUAUGUAGUGAUUUAGAAUGAUUUUUUGUAUACAAAAGUAUAGUCCUUUAACAGACAAGAGAUUAUCAAAAGUAUUGCUAGCAAAAAUUUGGUGGAUUAAGGUUAUUAAGAUAAACUUUGGCAACAUCUGUUGACAACAUUGAGCUGUGUGUAUGUCUCAUUCUUGCUAGAAAUUCUUCCUUACCCUCUUGUUCUUAUUCUUAAGGUCUAUAUGGUUACUGGACUUAUUUAGUUGAUUCUUUUUAGAGGAUAAUAUCCUCAAAUUGGUUAUUAAAUAUGGCGCGACGUCAAUUACAAAUUAGAUUGUUGUCAAUUUAGUUACAUAUAAGACUAAUUGCAGUGGAAUGUCAAUUGUAAUUAAAUCUCCAUUGUACUGAAUUUGGGUAAAAUUUGGUCUAAAUGUAGUAUUUCUAACUGAUUUCCAGAUGUAUUCUCCAAAAACUAUGUAUAUUUUAUAAAUGUGUAAUAUAUUCAGAACCUAAAAACCCAAAAAAAUAUAUGUAGUUUGUAGACGGAGCAAUACUUUGUUGUCAGAUAAUUUGUAUAGGAUAAAUUGAGACUGCGCCAAUUAGGAAAAAACAAUACAAAUCGAUCUUAUUCUUUAAUAGACCUACGUUAACAACAAAACAAAAGAUCAUAGGAUACGAAAUGGAUAACAUAUAUUUAUCUAUUGUGCAUUGUAGUAUGAAGAUGUAUGUUAAGAGCAUCAAAGUGCAAUCUUUAUAAAACAAUAAUACUCCCAGUGCUCACGUACGGAUCGGAAACAAGGGCAAUGACAACUCGAGAUGAAGAGUUAUUAUGGAUCUUUGAAAGAAAAGUAUUGAAGGCCAUAUAUGGCGGAUUUAACGAACAGGGUCUGUGGAGAAGGCGAUAUAAUUUCAAACUCUAUAGACUUUUUGGGGAUGCAGAUAUCGUGAAAAGCAUCAAAAUAAACCGCUUGAGAUGCGUGGUCCAUGUUAUGCGGAUGGAUAAAAGUGAUCCUGCUUAAAUAACUAUCUUAAAUAGGUCGGUCGGAAGAAGAAGAUGGGGCGACCUAAUUUCAGAUAUCUGAACGAUGUGCGGGAAGAUUUAAGAGAGAUUGGGAAGGUGUAAAUAUCUAAAUGAACAGUAUUAUUUUAUCACACAAGACACAAACCACGUAAACAAUAAAAUCAGAAAUUUCUUAUGAAUAUUAUUUAACGAAAUUGUUUGGAGUAAUACAAACAAGCUCCUCCCAAUUUUGUGACGUCAGACUUAAACUGUCUGAAAUGAAAACGUUUUUUAAACGUAUUUUAACGUCAUUAAUCUUACGUAUUUAAAAUCACCUACAAAAGACGUCUAUAUGACGUAAUUUUCAAACACGUGUAUAUAUUCAACCAAAACUGACAUUUCCUCGACGUUACAAUAUGACGUUACUUGGUUGCCUGGAUACUGAACGGAGGAACGCCACGAUGCUAAGAUGGCCGCGCUAGCCCCGUCCCUAGUGGCUACAAAUCAACGAAAUUUCUGGAUAACCCUCGUAUUAACAAUCAUUAGUUGGUUAGUUAGAACGGUUUGGUCGCUAAAACACCAAAAAUUAUCUGGGAACAAGAAGUUGCUUCCGAAAUAGGCUAUAUUUCUUAUUGGUAAAAUGUGUAGCUGACGCAAUAAUUCAAGUGUAUAGAAACGUUGUUUUGUAAUUAAAAAUUUUAUUCGUGCUUAAAAUUGGCGGGUGUAUAGAGAUCCUCCAAGAGGUGAUUCCAUAUAUUUAUUAAAUGUAUAUUUAUACACAUAAGUUGUUAUCAGAAGAUCAUUAUAUAUAGAACAUAUAUCACUGCUUCUGCGUUAAUUUUUGUAUUUAUAAAAAGUCAUUUAUUGUUGUUGUUGUAAUCUGGAGCGGUUAUCAUAUUUUUUUGGAUGAGAUUAAGUUUAAAUUUGAAAGAUUUGAAAGCCACGGUGUGCUUUAAAAAUAACUAUGGCGUCUUUGGUAAAUCGUUCAUUGAUAUUGAAAUAUUAGUUAUUAGCGAAAUAUAUUAUAUGUAAGAAAUAAAAUAGAAAUGAAAGUCAAUGGAAUAAUAAUAGAACCCAUAGAAACGAACACAGGAAUCAGGAAAGGAGAUUCACUAAGCCCUCUACUGUUUAACAUAAUGUUGGAUGCAAUAAUAAAAUAAGUGAAGAAAAAAAGAGGGUACAAAAUGGGCAAUAGAGAGAUAAAAAUACUCUGUUACGCUGAUGACACCGUGUUAGUAACAGAGUGCGAAGAUGACCUACAAAAAAGAUUAUUGCACGUGUUCAACAUUAACGCAAAAGAAAUGAAUAUGAAAAUAUCAGCCCAAAAAACAAAAAGCUUGGUAACUGCCAAAGAACCAAUAAGAUGCAAAUUGGAGUUAGACAAUCAAAUUAUACAACAAGUAAUGACUUUCAAAUAUCUGGGAAUUAAUCUAUCAGCCGACAGCAGUAUCGAAGAAGAGGUAAAAGACCAAAUAAUUAUAGCCAGUAGAACGGCCGGAUGCCUAAACGACACAAUUUGGAAAAACAAACACCUAAGAUUGGAAACAAAGGCUCGAAUAUAUAAGUCAGUUAUUAGGCCAGUUAUGACUUAAACGGCCGAAACAAGACCAGAUACAAGCAAAAUACGAAGACAUCUGGAAACCAACGAAAUGAAAAUCUUAAGAAGGAUUGCUGGAAAACGACUACAGGAUAUGGUAAGAAGUGAAGAAAUCAGACGCAUAAUAUGUGCGGUAGACAAUAUAAAUACGUGGGUAAAGAACAGAAAAGAAGAGUGGAAUGAGCACAUAAGCAGGAUGUCUGAAUCAAGGAUAGUUAGAAUAGCCAGGGACCAGUCACUGUUAGGCAGGAGAAGUAUAGGACGCCUAAGGAAAAGAUGGAAUGACAACUUAGGAACAGAAUUAAAGGCACCGUUGAAGAAAAACAGGCAGUAUCUACUGCCUAUAUAAAAGAAGAAGAAGAAGAAUAAGAAAAAGAAGAAGAAGAAGAAGAAGAAGAAGAAGUAUUAGCGCAUAGAUUCAACAAGAAUCUAAAAAAGUAUAAAACUACAGAUUAGAGAAAAUAUACGUUCGUGUUAAAGAUGUGUUGUCUACUGCAAUUGAUUGUUCAGGGGAAAAUAGACAGUAAACGUGGACCAGGCAGGAGAAGACACUCGCGGCUCCAAAAUCUGCGGAAGUGGUUCGGGCUCACAUCAGUCGAACUAUUCAGAAGUGACGCAAGCAAGAUCAGGAUUGCCACGUUAAUAGCCAACGUUCGCAACGGACAGGGCACUUGAAGAAGAAGAAGAUCUGUUGUCUAUAUAAAAUGACAACCGGAUGAUUUGCCCACGAACUCAAAAAAUGUUUAGUAAAAAGAAAUGCACUACUUCUUCUGUUGGGGUCUACCUUUUGUGAAUAUUGGUAACCAUGUUGGUCAUCAUCAGUUUGUUAACAGCUUAUUUAAAUAAUACCCAGAGGCGGCUUUACCUAUUGUGCAGGGUGUGCGGUGCACACGGGCGCCUGGAUGUUGGGGGCGCCGAACGCCAAAGAGCGGGCCCUUUAUUUUGUUUCGACACAAAAUAUGCUUUAAAAUGAUUAAUGAAAAAUUACAUUGGCACUUAAACGCGAUUUGAAGACAUACCGACAAUGGUUCCGAAAUCUGUUGUGGAACCUAUAAAGGUGAAAUUGCUUGGAUUAAGUAUUUUAUUUAAGUUAACAUGUAAAUAUAAAGUAAAGCGGCUUUUCAUUUGAUUAAAUUUAUUUAUAGGGAAGAUUUUCUUUUAUUACUACCACAAUUUACCGAAAAUGCGAAGAACAAAUUGCGCCCAAUCAGUUUGGAUUUGUGAACGCUGUUGGUACGAGGGAGGCUUUAUUUAGCGUGCAGGUGUUGUUUCAGAAAUGUAGAGAUGUCAGCUGUGAUGCUUUUGCAUGCCUGAUAGACUACAAGAAGGCUUUCGAUAGAGUCAGGCAUGAACAAAUGAUGGAAGCGCUGAAGACGACAGGGAUUGACGGAAGAUACCUGAAAAUAAUAGCUAACCUGUAUUGGAAUCAAUCAGCAGUGCUCCGAAUAGAUGGAGAAUAUACAGAUCAGGUUAAAAUUUUAAGGGGAGUGAGACAGGGAUGCAUAAUUUCACCGAUGAUGUUCAAUCUGUACUCAAAGCACAUUAUUAAAGAGGUUCUAAACUCUAAUAGAUAUUGAUGAAGGCAUCUCAAUAAAAAUGGAAUUAAGCUCAGUAACCUGCGGUAUGCAGAUGAUACAAUUAUUUCAGAGAAAUAAGAAAAAAAAAUAUCGUGUUGGUGACACAACCCCCUCCAGGCCGAAACCAAAUUUUUCGAGUAAUAUAGUCAUCUAUAAUAAUAACCUAUAUGUUUCCUGCAGCCGAUUUUGAUGAUAUACAUAGUUAUAAACAAAUGAAGAUCAAAAAACGGUAAAUUUUUGCUUUUUUCGUCUAUUACUAAAAAAUUGGGCAUUUUAAACAAAUUUGAGAGAAAUAAACUCAUAAACCAUAUAAAAAACUUCAAUAUGGCGUUCGCUGAAAAUGUUUAUCCUUAUUGGUUGCUUAGAAAAUUGCCAAAUAAAUCAGAAAUUUUGAGUUUUUAUAAAUAUUCAUAACUUAUGUAAAAAUUAACUUAGAACCUUCUUAUUACACAAAAUGCUGAGACUUAUGGUGCUUAAAUCAUACCCUAAAUUUCAAAGCAAUUGGUCAAAUAGUUUAAAAGUUAUUUAAUUUGUUUAUCCAAAAUUAAUUUUUUUUGCAACACUGUAAGUCAGAAAAUGAUGAAGUUACAGUAAUAUUUUGGAUAGUUUAUGAAAGAACAAAAUUUACAGUAUUUAUUUAAUUUAAAAAAAAUGACAAAAAAUAAUUAUAAAUAUUGCAAAAUAAUUUUGCAAAAACAUGUGAAUUAAAAAAAUGGGGGGGGCUAACUUUGACCCUAAAUGCCCUAGAACAGUUGUUUUUCUUUCUCAAUGUGUAUAAAAAUUCAGUCUUUCUAAAUGUGAAAAAAUAAUUUUUCUACGGGUAACGGUUAAAAAUUUAUUCUAAUUGUUUAUAAGUAAGCAAUAAAUCGACAUGUUCUUGCAAAAUAAUUUUACACUGUUUAAAAUAAUUUUUUGUCAUUUAUUUUUAAUUAAGGUAAUAGUAUAAAUGUUCUUCUUUCAUAAACUGUCUGAAGUAUUAUUGUAACCUCGUAAUUUUCUGACUUAUAGUGUUGCAAAAAAAUGAAUUUGGGAUAAACAAAUUAAAUAACUUUUAAACUAUUUGACCAAUUGCUUUGAAAUUUAAAAUAUAAUUUAAGUAUAAGAAGUCUCGGCAUUCCGUGUAAUAAGAAGAUUCUAAGUUAAUUUUUACCUAAGUUAUGAAUAUUUAUAAAAACUCAAAAUUUAUUAUUUAUUUUGCAAUUUUCUAAGCAACCAAUAAGGAUAGACAUAUUCAGCGAAGGCCAUAUUGAAGCUUUUUAUACGAUUUAUGACUUUCUUACUCUCAAAUUUGUUUAAAGUGCUUAACUUUUUGGUAAUAGACGAAAAAAGCGAUAAUUUGCCGUUUUUCGAUCUUCAUUUGUUUAUAACUAUGUAUAUCAUCAAAAUCGGCUGCAGGAAACAUAUAGGUUAAUAAUAUAGAUUUCCAUACUACUCAAAAAAUUUGGUUUCGGCCUGGAGGGGGAUGUGUCACGAGAAAAAUCUUAUUUCUCUGGACUAAAUAGUGUUUUCCAAUACCAUAGAAGGGCUGCAAAACUUAAUGAACAAAAUAAUGGAAACAAGUAGAACAUGUGGACUAGAUAUAAACACCAGCAAAUUCAAGCUAAUGAUCAUCAGCAAGCAAAACAUAACUAUAACAAAUCUGUAUGUGAACCAAAUGAGAAUUGAACGUGUCUCACAAUACAACUAAUUGGGAACUAUAAUCAAUGAGUCAUGAGACAAUACUCAAGAGAUUAGAUGUCGCAUCGGAAAGGCAAAAAGUGCAUUCUUAACUAUGAGCUCCGUGUUCAAGAGCCAUAACCUCACCCUAAAAACAAAAAUAAGACUCCUUAAAUGUUACGUGUACUCAGUGCGUCUAUACGGAGUAGAAACGUGGACAUUGAAGGCAGAAACUCUAUCGAAACUUCAGGCUUGCGAGCUGUGGUUGUACAGAAGGAUCGUGAAGAUACCAUGUUCAGACAAAGUCACCAAUGAAGAAGUACUACGGAGGAUGAACACAACCGCAGCUUUAGUCAACAUCGUGAAGGUCCGUAAGCUGCAGUACUUGGGACGUAUAAUGAGAAAUCGAGGCAGAUACGAGUUACUCUAAUUCAUUUUACAAGGUAAACUUUAAGGAAAAAGGGCCCCAGGACGAAGAAGAAUAUCCUGGCUUGCUAACCUGGGAGCAUGGUAUAGAAAGACCUCAACACAACUAUUCCAUAUAGCAACCAACAAAGUCAUCACAGCCAGAAUGUUCGCCAACGUUCGGAACGGACAGGCACCCUAAGAAGAAAACGACCACAAUUAUUGCACUUUCAGCGGAGUCAGAGCUCCUCAAAAAUUAUCCAUAUUAACAAUUUGUUGUUGGUUUUUUAAGUAAUACUGAAAAUAUGUAGUAUAAAGUUCAUCAUUUUAUCAACCUCAACCAAUUUUCAACCUUACCUCAUAGAUAAAAAGUUCAUUUUUAAUUAAAUAUUUUUAACAGAUUUGGGUAGGUUGUUCUGACGCCGUGAAUAUCUAUUGGCUCCCGACAUAAUUUAACAUUGCACUAUUUGCAUCUGGAUUUUUGUUUACAUUAUAAGAGUACCUAAUACCCUAUGUACAAGUACUAGUUAGGUACCUAUUCGACUAUUUCAUUUUGACUGUGCGUCUACCAAAGGGCGCCAGGGCAUCGACUGCACACGGGCGCUACAUGGGCUAGAGCCGCCUCUGAUAAUACCGUAUCGUUGAUUGAUGUAUUGGAGGGUACUCAGUACUCAAUACUCAGUACUCACUGCUGUCACUGCCUGAAGAUCUUCAGACACGAGACCCUUGGUUGUUUUUGACUAUCUAUGUUCUUGUUCGUAUUACAUGGCAUCUUUUUGGGGAGGUCAAAUAUAGUUCUUCCCUUAUCUAUCUUAUUAAGAACGGCUACAAUUAAGUAAGUGAGCAUACAAAUCUCUGGAAUGAUGGAGGAAGUCACUAGAACAAAGACAGGCGAAACAGUUUAUUCUAGAACAUUCGCCAAAACUAACAGCAGACCUAAUAAGCAAAGACAGGAAAAUAAUCAAUGCUAUAGUAGGUUUGCUAACAGGACACUGUAAGCUGAAAAGGAAGUUGAAGCUGAUGGAAUUAGCAGAUGAUGACCUAUGCAGAUUCUGUUAGCUUGACAGUCGUGAUAUGAAAAUUAUAUCUAAUCUAUAUUAAAAUCAAACUGCCAAUGUAAGAGUUGCGUGCUGUCCCCACUACUCUUCAAUGUCUAUAGUGAAGCGGUAAAAAAAAGUGGAAGACAUACAUAACAGAUCUGUUUAAGGAUAAUAGACAAGAGCCGGAAGAAAUCUACAGCGAAACGGGACCAGAAAUCAUAAUGGAGGAAAUCUAACAAGCAAUACGAAACGCAAAAAACAGAAAAACUGUAGGUCCAGACGAAAUACCUGCGGAAUUACUGAAAUGACUAGACGAUGAAAUUCUACCAGUACUACUGGAUCUGUUUAAUUAAGUAUAUAAAACCAGAAAAAUCCACCGGAAAAGUCCACCUUUGAAACAAUACCAAAAACAAUAUAUGCCAAAGAUUGUUCGGACAAUAUCACCAAUAAUCCAUACCCUCAAAAUAUUUCUAAAGGUGAUUCAUGGAAGAUUAUACAGAAAGCUAGAAUAUGAUAUGGAUGAUACCCAAUUUGGGUUCCGCAAAGGACUUGGAACAAGAGAGGCAUUGUUUGCGUUUAAUGUCCUCUCUCAAAGAUGCUUAGAUAUGAACCUGGAUAUUUAUUCCUGUUUCAUCGACUUCCAAAAAGCGUUCGACAGGGUUCGACAUAAAAAAAUAAUAGAAUUAUUGAAAAACAGAGAUAUAGACAGACGAGAUUUACGAAUUAUCAUCAAUCUGUAUUGGAAUUAAAAGGCCAAUAUAAAGAUAGAAGAACAAGAAUCCGAGAACAUUGAUAUAAAGAGAGGAGUAAGACAAGGUUGUGUUCUGUCGCCGCUACUGUUUAACCUGUACAGUAAAGCCAUAUUUCAGGAAGCGAUAGCGGAGCUAAGUGAUGGAAUCUCUAUAAACGGAAGAAUAGUAAAUAACAUAAGAUUCGCUGAUGACACCCUGGAAUCGCUACAAGAAUUGCUAAAUAGAAUUAACGAUUAUUCCAUUCGAUACGGACUAAAAAUAAACAAGAAAAAAACUAAAUUUAUGAUUGUCUCAAAAACACAACAUGGAAAUGAAAGGUUAAUAAUAGAGCAAACCCAAAUAGAAAGAGCUAAGACAUACAAAUAUCUGGGAACCUGGGUUGAUGACAAAAAUGACCAAAGCAAAGAAAUUCGUCCGAAUUGAAGAAGUCCGAAUUGAAACUGCAAGGCAAGCAUUUAUAAAAAUGAAGACACUGCUUACAAACAAAGACCUUCAGUUGCCUCUCAGAUUGAGGGUUCUAUAUAUAUUUUCCAUAUUGCUAUACGGAAUGGAAAGCUUGGACAUUGAAGAGACAACACAUAAGAAGAAUAGAAGCGUUCGAAAGGUGGUGUUACAGAAGAAUAUUGAAAAUUCAGUGGGUUCAAAGGAUUACCAAUGUUGAAGUGCUACGACGUUUAAAUAAAGAGUUAGAAAUUAUGAAAAGUAUAAAAACUAGAAAACUGGAAUAUUUGGGUCACAUUACCAGAGGAGAAAAAUAUGAGUUGCUGAGAAUUAUUAUGCAAGGAAGAAGAAGCAUAGGAAGAAGACGCAUCUCCUGGCUGAGGAACCUUAGAGAAUGGUUUAAUUGUAGUUCAUUACAACUAUUCAGAGCAGCAGCCAACAAAGUGACAGCCAUUAUGAUAUCCAACCUCCGAUAGCAGAAGGAACUUUAAGAAGAAGAAGGUAUUUCAAGGAGCACUCUCAGAUUCAAUAGAAGGUAUAUCUCUGAAUGGAGAAGUUUUGAACAACUUACGUUUUGCAGACGAUACAGUGAUAAUAACGGAUAACAACAAUGAUUUAAAGAACGUAAUGCAACGCCUUAAUGAACGCUGUCAUGAGUACGGACUGAAGAUGAAUUUAAAGAAAACUAAAUACAUCAUCAUGACUAAAUCAGCACAUGCAAACAUCCAAUUGACUAUUGAAGAUACUGUAAUUGAGAGUGUGGAUAACUACAAAUACUUGGGAACGUGGAUAACAUCAAAUGAAGACCAAACCAAAGAAAUUAAGACACGUAUUGAAAUAGCACGUGCAUCAUUCACUAAACUUAAAAAGUUUCUUUGUUGUCGGGAUAUAAGGUUAGAACUACGCCUAAGGAUGCUUCGAUGUUACGUGUUCUCUACUCUUCUGUAUGGCUUGGAAGCGUGGACAUUAAAACAAGUCCAUUUGAAUAAGUGGGCCGUUUUUGAAUUUUUGUGUUACAGAAGAAUCCUGUGAAUAUCACGGAUUCAAAGAAUUUCAAACGUGGAAGUAACUAGAAGAAUAGGAAAUCAACCGGAAAUAUUAACUAUCAAAAGGUGAAAACUUAAGUACCUGGGACAUGUGAUGAAAGGGCAAAAAUACUCAUUAUUACAACUUAUUAUGCAAGGCAAAAUCCGAGGAAAGCGAAAUGUGGGAAGACGAAGAACAUCCUGGCUUAAGAACUUACGGGAAUGGUUCGAAUGCAGUAGUGCAGAGAUAUUUAGAGCGGCAGUCAACAGGGUCCGCAUUGCCAUGAUGAUUUCCACCCUUCGACAGAAGAUGGCACUUAAAGAAGAAGAAGAGGAAGAAACAGGAGAGCACAUUUUGUGUCAGUGCAACAGCCUGGUAAGUGCGUGGUUCUUUACAUUAGGCAAGAAAAAACCACCGACAAAGAGCUUCAUGGGAGGUUCAGUCUCGAAGCUAUUAGAUGUUUUCAAAAAAGUGAGGCUAGAGAAUGUACUCGAGGAUUAGAAGACCACAAUAGAUCUGAAAAGGUUGCAGUGGAAUAGGCCAAAUUCCACCUCAUUAUGCCACUGCUAGAAAGCCAGAGGAGAUAAAUAUAUAGAAAAUAAUCCAGACUAUUAGUUAUUUUUAAAGACAUAACUGGUAUUACCACACAUUCUGUAUAAAAUGUAGAAUCCAUCCUAAUGUGCAAAAAUAGUGAUAUAAUAUCGGCUUUUAGAUGAAGCUAGUAUACGGAUAGAUAUAGUAUAAGUAUUUUUAAUCUUAUGUUGAAAGGGAUCAUUCUUAAUUUUAGAUGUAUUUUUAACAUAUCCAUAAAUAUAUGAUAUAAUUUUCGCUUUUAGGAAAGAAAAUAUAUUUGAAAAUUAUUUAUAUGUCCUAUCUCUUGUUACUUAUGUAUAUUAUAUGUAUAUUCUGUUCUCAAGUGAAACUAGAAUUUAUUAAACUGUUCGUUUUCUAAUGAACAUAAAUAUCUAUAAAUGUUGGUAUUUAAAGAAUAGUAUAUCAAAAAGAAAUUAUAUAAUUUAAAUCUAUAUUAUAAAUAAAUUUUAUUGUAAUCGGUUACAAAGUUAAAAAUCAACAAAAAAUUGCAAUUAUCCAAUUAAAAUAUCAUUGUUGUGCUAUGAAACUUAACGUUUCAAUAAAUUUUCAUUAAUCUAUUAUAAUAAAAAGUUAUCUUCUUCAUCACCAGUAGAUGGUACAAAGUAAAAUUUUUUUAUGAAAAGGGGACUCCUAUGAUGACUCAUAUAUUUAAAUAUCAUCAGAGAGGCAACAUGAUUUUCUUCUACAUCCAAAAUGUUUAUGGUACUACAAAUUUUUACUGAAAGGACUUUAUAAAAGUAAAAUUCGAAUUAAAAUUUAAGCCCCGAAAUUUUUUUGCAAUAACGUUGAUUGAUAAAUAGGUAUACCAGUAUAUAUAGGUAUACUCUGUAUAUUUAUCAAUCAACGGUAAUAGUAUUAGUAAUUAUUUAGGUAAAAAAUAGCAUUAAAUCGUUUUUGUUGAUUUUUAUCAAAAUUUAGUACCUAUUAUAUACCAAUGUUAUCAAAUAUAUACUGGUGUUAGAUCUAUUAUUAAACGAAAUUUUUAAAAAUUAUAAAUUUUUAUUAUAAACCUGUUUGAAUAUAUAUUUCGAAAAAAAUAUUCUAAACAUAUUUUAAAUUAUUAAAUGUAUGGAAUAAAAACAUUGAAGUAACGUAUGCGUACAAUUCAUAGCGAUUGUCUCAUACAAAGACUAUACAAAGUGUAAAAACAUAUCAUAAAAACUCAUAAUAAAGUAAGAAAAGGAGAAUAGAAAAAAGAAUUUAACAAUAAUAGUUAUUUAUGUACCAUGGGCAUUAAGUAGAUGUUUAUACCUGUUCUAUCUUAAAAACGAGCCUCUGGCCCAAGUAUAUACAUAUCGAGGUCGUCCGGGCAUGCGAAGGGGGUAACACCUUCUUCAUAUUCGCAGUUUAAGACCCCAUCAUAUGCCAGAUUCCACACCCUCGUAUCCAGAACAGAAGCCUGAGGGACUCCAGCCAUCACAUCCACCAUCACAACAUUCUCCACCACAAUCUUGCUUAUCUCAGAUAGUACCUUCCUUCCAAAGAGCUCAUUAGGACGUCAAAGAGGAUCAGGAUGACCUCAAUUUCCCGUGCCGCCUGGAGCACAUCAGUCAUCGCAUCCACUCUACUUUGCUUCUGGCAGAAACCAUACUGUCUCGGAGACAAGUUUCCAGAUCUUAAAAUCACCUCCUCGUACUUGCACGCAGCAUUCUCUUAUACAACUUUCCGAUUCAAGGAAGAAGGAAAAUAGGACGAUAUGUGUCCUAUAAAUAGGACGUCCUUGAAUUUAGGCAGAAGCACGAACCUCGAAAUUUUCCAGAGAUAGGGAAUACGACUACAAUACAAAAAGAGUGUCCAUGUGCUCUAGCAACCACGUGGGAUCCAAACGGCCCAAACGUACAACCGUCUCAGGUUACCAUCUAGUUAGUUUAUGAUAUAUUAAUUACUUCUUCUUCUUCUUUUUCUGUAGGCAUGACUCUGUUUGUUUUUCAAUGUGCCUCCAGUAAGUUGUCAUUCCAUGGUUUUCGUGGUCUUUCCACUGAGCGUCUUGUAUGAUUUAUUACUUGGGAAUACAAAUUUAUAUUUUAGACUAAUUUAGUUUCUCGUAUUUAUAUUGUCUCGUUGUUCUGGAAUUUUCAUCGUCUCUAGGCGGAACGUUGAUCCGUUUGACAUGUUUCUAGAUCCUCGAGUGCCAGCGUUACUUGCUAACUGGAUCGUCAAACACUUCAAAUUCAAGUUUCUUCUAGACAGUUAUUGGUUAACCAACAUUCGUUGGUUAUCAAACACUGAUCAUGAUGGUCAAGGGACUGGCAUAACAAUAUAAUCGCUAAUAACCACGUAAAAGGUUAACUAUUCUUUAAAUAAAAAAAAUUAUGUGCCCUAUUAACAUAGAUAAACAAAAUGACAAUAUGAUAUAUAGAAACACAAUAAAAGGUAAUAUUUAUAUCCAUAAUUACCUGUGAGAAUUACAAAAAAAAUUGAAAUCGCUAAAACAAGUACCUGUCAAGUCUUUGUUUGAGAUAAUUAUACCUAUAUAUUUGAACGCAGAAGAUGGCGUAAUUAUAUUCCUAUUUUAGACAAUUUAGUUAAUAUGUUUGUAUCUAUGUAAAAAGUUAACAUUUGAUAUAACCAUGGUACAAUAUAUUCUAAAGUUUAUAAAUAUUUAAAAUGCAUGAUGAUAUCACAAGUUAUAAUUUUAUUGUAGAGCCUAGAUUCAUCAUGUUAUAUUAAGUAUUUAUAAACGUUUAUAAAAGGAUGUUAUUCUUCCUAAAAUUCUUCUCCAACCAGAUUGUUAUUUGCGGUCUAAAAAGACAGGUGUAGAGCUGCAGCAAAACAAAAUUACCAUUCUCUCGUGCACCAUGUUUCCAUGCACCAUAGAAACACACGACAGUUGUUUAUGGAUUGCGUCAAAAUAUCACCAACCACUCACUGUAUCGGUUUACCAUCAUACUUUUAAACUCUAUAUCAGAGUCGAAAGGUCCAACAUUACCUCUAAGGACGCUGUAAAGACGGUUCUUGUGGCCAAAUCUUUUAUUAAAUUAAUACAAAAAAAUUGGCUUCCCGAUAUAAAGACUUUGUCAAAAUUCAAUUGCAUAAAACGCGAUUAAUCAACAUUUGAAUUAUGUAUUUGAAAAUACAGAUCUAAAAUGUUCCAGACUAAAGAGUUCCGAUGAACAUUACAUUACUUAACACUUAAAUUUUAACACUUUGCAAUUUUAUUUGACUAAAAAUUGUUCAAUUUGAAUUAACUAAACUAUACCUUCACACAUUUAUAAUAAAAAUCGUUCAAAAUGAAGAAAUAAAAAUAAAAAAAUCCUAAGAAGAUAGAUCAUACUAUCAUACUACCCACAUAUUAUUUUUAAGGAAAUAUGGGAAUAACAACUUUAAUAUUCAACAUAUAUUUUGCGUUAAUAACAUCCUUUGAACCUGAAAAAUCAAAAUUAGUUUGAAGGUGAAACACCUUAUGAUCGUCAACAACAAGAUUAUAAAUGUCUUCCAAAAUGCCAGCAUUAUGAAAUUUAGUGGCAGACAAAUGUAAAAAUUACAUAUUUUUAAAAUCUGUAAGUAUAUUAACAAAACUACUUUUCGUUUUGCUGGUCGUGUCUAUUAAUAAUCAUAGUCGUUAUAUUAAUUUAAUAGUAGUACUAUUGAUUUGCCUACGGUAAUGUAGUUGAGUUAUUGACUGUGGGUUAAAUCUUAAUAGGGCUUCCAUUCAGAAAGCAUCGAAUAAUAUCAGUAUUGUAAUAAAUGUGUAUAUGAAAUUAUAAUAAAAUGACUAUAUGUUAAAAAAGUUAA